AUGGAUCUAGUCAACCACUUAAGCGAUAGACUGUUAUUUGCUAUUCCCAAAAAGGGUCGUCUAAAUGAGAAGGCUGUCUCGAUUUUGAACGGUUCGGAUAUCCGGUUUCGCCGCUCACAAAGGCUAGAUAUUGCCCUUUCUACCAACAUGCCCGUGGCUUUGAUCUUUUUGCCAGCUGCUGACAUUCCAAUGUUCGUCGGAGAAGGUAAAUGUGACCUAGGUAUAACUGGUGUUGACCAGGUUAAGGAGUCCAAAAUGGACGUCCACCUACCAAUGGAUCUUCAAUUUGGUAACUGUAAACUGCAGGUUCAAGUGCCUGCCAAUGGUCUUUACACGGAUCCCAAGCAGCUCAUUGGCAAAACCAUCGUCUCCAGUUUCACACACUUGACCCAAGAGUACUUCUCAGAACUGGAGGGUGUUCCUAUCGACCAAAUUUCUACCAAGAUCAGAUACGUCGGCGGCUCUGUCGAGGCAUCGUGCGCUCUAGGGAUUGCUGAUGCCAUCGUGGAUUUGGUGGAGUCCGGCGAGACCAUGCGUGCCGCUGGUCUGAUCGAUAUCGCCACCGUAUUGGAGACCAGUGCCCACUUGAUAGAGUCCAAGAACCCCAAAGGUGACAGAGAGCUUCUACAAACCAUCAAAUCAAGAAUCGAGGGUGUCAUGACUGCACAGAAGUACGUUUCUUGUCAAUAUAAUGCGCCUACCUCUAUUCUGCCGGAAGUGCUGAAAAUCACCCCAGGCAGAAGAGCUCCCACCAUCUCCCAAAUUGACGACGAAGGCUGGGUUGCGGUCUCUGCGAUGAUCGAAAGAAAACAGAAGGGUACUAUUCUGGACGAACUGAAGAAGAAAGGUGCUGCUGACAUCAUGGUUUUUGAAAUUUCGAACUGCCGUGUUUAA